UUUCUCACGUUCGCUUUCUCUUUUCCUCUUCUUUCUUGCGUAUAUCUAUGAUAUAGAUAUCGCUGCUUAUGUCACUCUAGUUCUGCCAUGCAGUCGUAUACUUCAACUAUUUUAACUUAUUUGUUAAACAUACAAGUACCUAAAUAUGUGCUUGUGACUUACGUUUCUGUAUAUUUUGUCAGAUUUCUUUAAAAAUGUGCUUGUUAUUAAAGAGGGUCGUGAGUGAGUUUCAUUUAGAUAUGUGCACUAGCAGAAGAUUUGUAACAAGGAAGGAGUCAACAGACACCUUCAUAUACACGAGUAUGCUUGAAAGACUUCUAAAGUAAAUUGAUAAGGUUUACUUUAGAUGAUUUGAGGAAGACUAACACAGCAAGAACUCAAAGCAUAAAGACACCACCAUUUUUGUGUAAGAGGUUAGGUUCUGUAAAAAUAACUCUUUUUGUUGCUGUCAUCCAAUCCAAUCGUCGGCGUUGUCAUAAAAUUUAUUCCUGUACAAAUAGUUGUAAUUCAUAGCUUCCAACAUCAAAGUAUAUUUUCCUCUCCUUUGCAGCUCUGACUGCAUCUUAUGUCUGUUUACUUUGUCUCUCCUCAUUCUGACUUUUCCUUUCUCCUUUACUUAUGUUCUACUGCCCAAUUUUCUACCUUAAUUUCGAUUUAUAAGUGCAGAAAGAAAAUACCUACAGUAUUGAUAGCAAAAUUAUGCACUGUUAGUGUAAGUAAUAAAAUAUUCUGGAGUUCUUUCAAUGAAGCAUUAUUCAGAUAUGGACAUCAUUGAACACAAAAGCAGAGAAUUUAAGGGGAGUACAAAAAUGGUGGGUACUUUGUCCAGUGGCUGGAUAAGGCGAGCUCUAUUAUUUCUCGUCCUUGUGACCGGUACCCUUCUCAUCGCAAUGUUUACCUAUUCACCAUCACUCGUGUCUUUACAGCCUUUUAUUGCUCGCAGAAUAUUCCAGAGUCCAUGGUCAUGGGCGUGCGUCAGUGGUCGCUGUGAGAGGCGAAUAGUGCGGAGCUCCCGGAUAUCUCUAGCCACCUGCUCUGCACUGUGUGGUGAUAAUACGAGGUUACUUUGGCCCAGACCCAAUGGACCCGUGCAUCUUGGAAUGGAAAGCUUAGCAUUUCAUUGGCAGCAAAUUAAAUUCGCUACAGUGAAUACAAGCAGCCAUGAUAUUGAAGCUUUCUUUGAAUACGCCAAGGAUAUUUUCUUACGUAACGUAAGGAAUCUUAUGAGAUCACCAACCCCAGGAAUUCCCUCAGCAGUCGACAACUUCGUGAUUUACUUAAGUGCCAAUACAGCUAAAGAUGCGCAACUAACUCUAAACACUGACGAAUCUUAUCAACUUCAAGUGCUCACAAAGAACAGACAAUUAGAGGUGCGAAUAGUUGGAAAAUCUUAUUACGGUGUGCGCCAUGGACUUGAAACAUUUUCGCAAAUGAUUUGGUGGGACGAAAAUUGUGGUAGGCAUGGAUGUUUGCGCGCUUUGUCACAAGCCAGUAUUGAAGACAAACCUGCUUUUGCCUACCGAGGUCUUCUUGUUGAUUCAGGUCGACAGUUUUUUAGCAUUGAUCAACUAAAAAGCGUAAUUGAUGGUAUGGCUGCUUCAAAACUAAAUACAUUUCACUGGCAUCUAACGGAUUCACAGAGCUUUCCUUAUAAUUCUGUUCAGUUCCCUGAGAUGGCUAGGUGGGGUGCCUAUAGUAGUGAUGACAUUUACUCGCCUGAUGAUAUCAAGGACCUUUCAAGUUAUGCCAAAGUUCGAGGUGUUCGUGUUCUUGUGGAGAUAGAUUCACCUGCUCAUGCUGGUGCUGGUUGGCAGUGGGGGUUCUGUGACAAUAUAGUGGCCAUAGUAAAGUCGCUGGCAUCCGUUUGUAGGAUGAACAGUUGCGAAAAAUUAGGCCUCGAUAAAACCAGUGCCUUAGUCAGAGCUUGUUUGCUGCUUUUAAAAGCUGACUAUUGCUCAACAGUCCAUUACCAUUUCACGUCUCAGGACAUGAGCUUCGUUAGGGAAGAUUGCUUUUUGGGGGUUAGUACAGAGUACUCUAAGAUUGGCCUUACUUUGUCGAGAUUGAUCCUUGGAUCUUUCCCAUUAAUCACUUAUCCAAUUUAUUUCACCUCUCUGCACCGAAACUCAGAUUUUUUGCGAUUGGUAACAAGAUUUGCCUCCGUUAAUGCUCUUAAUACAAUCCUCAACAACUUGAGAUCGUCCUCGAAAGUUUCUGUGACAGUUACUGUGCUUGGCUACGGUUGUAAUACCAAGUUCUUCUGGGCGAGGGACUAUCAGAUUGUCGAGGACCUUUUCCAGUUCUUGCUCCUUAGAAAAGUCAUCGUUAUUAUUCCUCAUGUAGCAGCCACCGCUGCUGAGUGCAUCUGA